GUUGUAUAAAGAUCAGAAGAAGUAUAAACUUUCGGGUUACAAAAUAAAAUUUUAGUGUCCAUAGUAAUGAAUUAAAAAGGGCAGGAUCAUAAAAACCAGUCAUGGAACAAAUGUACCUGAUUGAGAUAUUGAUAGACAAGGUCACAAUAUUCGCAUCAGAAGAGGAUGAAACGAGUACUGCUAAUAAGAACCUGAUAAUUAAAGUAAAAUUUGGGCCCAAAGUUGAAUUUAUAAUAAAAGAGGGCCAAUUGGCUGUCAACGAUGAUAAAAAGGAUGACGUAAUUGAAUGUGAUGAAAAUGAUCGAAAGAAGUGGUCACGAACUGUUAGAGUUGGGAAAUCUUAUUUAUUCCCUUCAUAUCCUGAUACGAUUCUAAUGAUUCUCAGCAAAUUUCCCCUUGAAAUUGAAAUAUGGAAUGAUGACGAAAAUGAAGUUGAUAUCUUUAUAGGCGUUGGUACAAUGCAGUGGGAUACUGAAUUUUUCCAUAUGUUAAAAGAUAGCUCAGAUGCUCACAAACUGCAUGAACCGCUAACAAUCAAACAGGAAAUACCAUUAUUCGGUGAAUGUUACUGUAAACGAGUUGGUGAAAUAUCAUUUAUUUUGAGAUUGAGUGCAUUAGGGGAUAGUAUUAUUACAGAAUUUCAACAACUCAUGACAGAUCCAGACGCCUUCGUGUUUAGAACAAAUAAAGCUCCGAGUAUGUUUCAAUGUCAUAGAAUUGAAGGUGAUGAUCCGAACUUUUGUAUGGUUGGUAGUUUGUAUGAAACUACAACUCUAGAAGAUCCAACUACAACGGAGAAUGCAAAUACUACUAUCGAAGUUUGUACUCAACUUGAAAGUUGUGGUGUUGGAGAAAAGGACGGUGAUUAUACCUGCAUGCAGGAAGAAGGUACAUCAGAGCCCCAAAAGAAGUAUCCAAUACAAAAAAUUAGAAUGGGUGACAUAAUGGGCCCAUGUGGUAAUGCUAAUUGUCCUUUGGCACACAAGAUUAAAACUUAUAUAAGAAACUUAGAUAGCUAUAAAAAGCAAGCACUAGAUUAUGUGACAGGAAAUAAAGAUGAUUCAAAUAAAAAGGUUUGUGGCUCUUGCUGCUGCAAGGAUGAGCGAUGGCAUAGAGAAGAUUGUCCUGAGAAAUUGGAAAAAGAGGGCAAGCAAGGUAAAGUUGUAUGCUCAGGAUGUGGUGGACUAUCACAAGCAGGAGAAACUUGUGAAGAAAGAAAAAAGAAAAUGUUCGGAACGGGUGCUACACCAAGGCCAUCUCAAACACAGGUUUCUUACGUAUUUAGCGUCACCAAACUGACCGAAUCAAAAAAAUCUGCUUUCGGUACUAAUUAUACAGUUGAAAAUGUCACAGUGAAUUAUGACUUUCAAUCACACGGUGCCACUUCCGGUAUCCUUCAGAAAAAUACAAACAAACCUUUAGUAUAUAAUGUCGAAUUUGGGGAAUCAUCUAACUCCAAACGGAAAAUCCCAGUUAAUUGUUGUACUGAAACUGGAAAUGAUAAUGACUGUAAAUGUAGUCCACCAAAACCGUCACCACCUUGUAAGACAUUUGAUUGCUCCUGCAUACAGGAUACUAUAGAUAUUGCUGCCCGAAAAGCACAUAAACCAUACUGUCCCCAAUAUAAACAUAGAGUCAACUGUCCCGUCAAUCUGUUGAACGAAGAUGAAGAGAAGAAGGAAGAGGAAGAAGAUGAAGUCGAACCCCUUCCAUAUGGGCUACCUCGAAUAAAGCUGGGUCCUUGCCCUAUCUUGGGACGACCGUGCUCAGUACCAGAUGGCUUUGCAAGAAUGUACAAAACAGCAGCCCAGCAACCUCUGCCACCAAGUUACAGUGACGCUGGUAAAGUUUGCUGUUCAAAGGAAUAUGAAAGAAUUAAGAAGGCUAUUAAAGAAUACAUGAAAAAUGAAAAGGAUGAUGAUUUCAGAUGCAUUAAUAAAUUCAAUGUGGACACUGAACGAAGAUGUUGCGAUAAAGAGCAGGUGUUGCUCGCUCUUAUGGGCAAAGGGUGUUGCGGUGCACAUAAAUUGGCCAUUCAAGAGGAGUUUAAAGACAAAAAUAAGAAAUAAGAUCGAAUGAAAUCAUUGAUAUUUUAUUUUGUAACCCAAUGUAAAAUAAGAUCAAAAUAAACUUAUACAACUAAAAA